CAACGACCUUCAGCAAGCAGAAGUUAAUAUUUGUCAAGAUCUGAUUUAUAUUUUCUAUCACAGUUAUGAUUCCGAAAAAGUUUUACAGAUACGUUCUAAAGGGUGUUCAUUUCAACUGUGAACGGAAUAAACGCGGAUGUUCUCUUGAUGAGCUAGUUGCCUACGUUCAUCUGAAAAACCAGCAAUCCAAUCGAGUCGAAACGGUUGAAGACUUUGUCGGCAAAAUUACAACUAAACUAUUGAAGAAGAGAGUAUUACUCAAAACCCCCUACGGUAGUGUCAAACUGAGUCAAUUGCUACCAACCAACGCAUCCGAUCCGAUGGACAAUGAUGACGCAUUGGAGGAAACAUCCUCGUCUACAUUUUCAUCAGUCUCGUCAUCGUCCAGGAUACAAUCACAUUACACGACUGCUGGGUUUUCCGGUCGUCCGGACAAGAGUGAAAAAUAUGACAUUGAUCCCGGUAGGCAGCGCAGAAGCCAUUCACCAUCUUCCAGCGAGGAUGAAGCUCCACCACUGAAAUUGGCCAACCGUAGAGGAAGCUUGCAACCGCUGCCAAAACGCCGGGAACACUAACCGAAACCGGUCGAGGUGACCUCGGACCGCACGCACCGGCAGUCAAUGGCCUUGCGAUUGUUAACCUUCGCCUCUGCGGAAGGGGAAAACCAUAGCGGGAAGAUUGAAUCGAAAAUAAAUAAAUUAACUUGUGUCU